CCUAAGUCUACACUACUGUACCUUACUUAAUACUUUCUCUGUAUACACUACAAAGUGCGCGCGAACUUUUCCGUCUAUCUGUGGACAGAAGUUCGUUGAUCAUCGCAAUACUUUAGCUACUAACAUCACUACCAAAAUCCAUUACCACUACUGACUAUGAAGAUCUACUACAUUGGUAUCUUACGUACCUCCGGCGAUAAGACGCUUGAGUUAUCAUCUGCCCGAGAUCUUAGCCAGUUUUCAUUUUUCGAACGUACUGGAGUUAGUCAGUUCAUGACCUUCUUUUCAGAAACAGUAGCUCAAAGAACUCAAGCAGGUCAAAGACAAAGUGUUGAAGAAGGUAAUUAUAUUGGUCAUACAUAUGUUAGACUGGAAGGAUUGGCAGGUGUCAUUAUUUCCGAUAAGGAAUAUCCAGUAAGACCAGCCUAUACAUUAAUUAAUAAGAUUUUAGAAGAAUAUUUACUGUUACAUCCAGCUCUGGAAUGGAAUAAUAUUUCUGCAACUCAUGCUGGUUUAAAUUAUGAUAAUUUAGAACAAUAUUUGAAAAAAUAUCAAGAUCCAACUCAAGCUGAUGCUAUUAUGAGAGUUCAAGCAGAAUUGGAUGAAACAAAGAUUGUAUUGCAUAAAACUAUUGAAGGAGUAUUGCAAAGAGGAGAGAAAUUAGAUUCUUUAGUAGAUAAAUCGGAAGCAUUAUCUUCGUCUUCAAGAAUGUUCUAUAAACAAGCCAAAAAGACAAAUUCUUGUUGCAUUAUCAUGUAAUGUUAAUGUUAAUGUUAAUUUAAUGUCUAUCUAUAUAUUGUUAUAUUAUUCUAUAUGAAAGCUCUCUUUCUU